GGUCUUCCCUCCAGUGUACUCAGACCCGCCAUUUUCCUGCUAGCCUCCAGUCCAUUUAAAAACCCAGCAGUGGGAGGCAAAUAAGUAGAGAAGAGCAUACUUCUUCAGUGCUGGGAAGGGAAGUGAAGGGAACGAGCGUCAUUCAGUGUGAGAAAGAGUUGUGCGGCAGGUAGAAAGGAAAUUGGGAAGACAUUAAAACUCUGGGUUUGUAUAUUUUUGGUCGUCCAACGUAGACAAAUAUAUUACCAACAACUUCUAAAAUCCGUGGAUGCGGGCUGCGUUUAUCACCCUGGGAUUUAGGUACACGAGAAGCGUUCCUGAGGUCCCAUUUUACCUCUUUAUUUUGUGUCAGGUGGCGGAACCGUGGGAUUUACGGAGCACAACAGGGGACAAAAGGAUUUGAGACAUUUGUUCUUUAUCUUCAUACAAAAGUGCGACGAUGUCUGGACAAAGCAUUACGGAUAGGAUAACCGCUGCUCAACACAGUGUUACCGGCUCUGCGGUGUCCAAAACUGUGUGCAAGGCGACCACGCAUGAAAUUAUGGGUCCGAAAAAGAAACAUUUAGAUUACUUGAUCCAUUGCACCAAUGAGAUGAACGUGAACAUCCCCCAGCUGGCUGACACGUUGUUCGAAAGGACGGCCAACACCAGUUGGGUGGUGGUCUUCAAGUCGCUCGCCGCCACACACCACCUCAUGGUUUAUGGCAACGAGAGAUUUAUACAGUACCUGGCUUCAAGGAAUACACUUUUCAAUCUCAGUAACUUUUUGGACAAAAGUGGCCUACAAGGCUAUGACAUGUCAACAUUCAUUAGGAGGUAUAGUCGCUACCUGAAUGAGAAGGCUGUGUCGUAUCGACAAGUUGCUUUUGACUUUACAAAAGUAAAACGAGGGUCGGAUGGCGUUAUGCGGACCGUGAACACUGAGAAAUUACUGAAGACCAUACCCAUUAUCCAAAACCAGAUGGACGCGCUACUUGAUUUCAAUGUCAACGCCAAUGAGCUCACCAACGGAGUGAUCAAUGCUGCCUUCAUGCUCCUGUUCAAAGACUCUAUUCGGCUGUUUGCUGCCUACAACGAAGGCAUUAUUAACCUUCUGGAAAAGUACUUUGACAUGAAGAAAACUCAAUGCAAGGAAGGCCUUGACAUCUACAAGAAAUUCCUAACCCGUAUGACAAGAAUCUCUGAAUUCCUCAAAGUAGCCGAACAAGUAGGAAUUGAUCGUGGGGAUAUCCCAGACCUUUCCCAGAUUACAGUUUGUGCCCCGAGUAGUCUUCUGGAUGCCUUGGAGCAGCAUCUGGCUUCACUGGAAGGGAAGAAGGUGAAGGAUUCCACGGCGGCCAGCAGGGCUAGCACUCUUUCCAAUGCCGUCUCGUCUCUCGCGAACACGGGCAUAUCUUUCACCAGAGUGGAUGAGAGGGAAAAACAGGCUGCUCUGGAGGAAGAGCAGGCCCGCCUAAAAGCAUUGAAGGAGCAGCGCCUGAAGGAACUCCAGAAGGGUCCUCCUUCCUCUUCCACCACGGCUGCAUCGCCCGUGUCCACAGACGGGUGUAGUGUCAACACGGCGCCGGCCAUCGAUCUCUUCUCCACACCCAGCACAACGAACGGCACUUCCAAGGCAGCCAACGACCUGCUGGAUUUACAGCCUGCGUUCCAGCAGCAAGCACUGGCCCUCUCCUCUGGUCUUCCAACAGCCAACACCUGGGGAGAUCCUUUCACUUCUACAGAAGCUGUUGACGACUCCAUUCCAAACUUUAAUCCUUUCCUUACACAUCCUGUUGUCGAUGCUGUCCAUCUACCUGUUGUGUCUUCUGACGGUAUUAGUUCUAGGACACCCAGUCAUGAAGUGUUUGGUGAUCAUUACAAUCCCUUUAUUGAUUCAAGCACUUCCAUUGCAUCUGGUAAUUCUCCCACAGUGAGGAUAGAGCAGUUUAUCUCAGACUCCUUUUGUGGGCCAACAUCUUACCCCACCACUCCUCUCUUCCAAUCUGAACCCCCUGCUGUAGCUGGUCUAUUUGGGGGGUUCUCGGUUUCUCCCACCCCGCUUCCCCAGACUGCCAGAGGCCUUAAUGUGGACUUUGACUCUGUGUUUGGCAACAACUCUGUCUCAGCCAACAGUGUGGACUCUGCUGACGAUGUUUUAGGUGGCAUCCUGAAACCCACAGUGGCCUCCUCGUCCAGCCAGGGGCUAACCCCGAGUGGGCAGCAGCCUGGGAAGCUCGUGUCCGACGAUCUCGACUCGUCCUUGGCCAACCUUGUGGGCAAUUUGGGAAUUGGUAAUGGCGUGGCAAAAAAUGAUAUUCAUUGGAGUCAGCCUGGUGAGAAGAAGUUGACUGGUGGAAACAAUUGGCAACCAAAGACUGCUCCCUCUACCACAUGGAACCCUUCCACCUUGAACGUCUUGCAUUUCCCACAAUACGCACCAUCUGUCAUGGCCUUCCCUGCAACCACGCCGACGGGAAUGAUGGCAUAUGGAAUGCCUCCCCAGAUGGGUUCCAUGGCCAUGAUGACCCAGCCCACCAUGAUGUAUAGCCAGCCAGUCAUGAGACCAGCCAACCCUUUCGGCCAGGCUCCAGGAGCACAGCCCUUGGCAGCUUCUAGUCCCUCCAGUCAAAGUCCUCUCAGAGCACCAGGAAAGGAUCCUUUUGUUCAGCUCUCUCUCAAGGAUUUCUUGUAGAACAUCUUUAGAUGCAGUUCAUGUAACCUAAAAAGGGUGGCUUUUGCCCUCGGAAGACAACUCAUGAAGCAGCAAAACUUUCAAAAAAAAAUUGAGUUAGCUGUUUUUACUCCUCGUUGAGAAUAUCUGCCCAGAUAUGGACUGGUGAAGGAAUUAGGGGUGGGGGGUGUGGGAGCCAUGUCUAAAAGGCGUCAAGUAUAGGACACAGAUCCUGUUUUGUCAUUUGUCUUACGAGAAAGCGGGUGCUGCCAUUCAAACCCUUCUUCAGGGAUCACUCAUCCAAUCUGUCUUCUGUAAAUGAUAAACAUGGGUGUGGAAAGGGACAUUUGACUUUGCUGUUAUGUACUGAAAAUGGUGGGUUAUCACACAGUUUGAUGUUCUCUUGGGGCGAAGAUCUGGUUUGAUGGAACGAGUGGAAAAAUUGCUUGAUUCGAUCAUCAAUUAUGCAUUAUCUAAUUUAACCAUUAUUGAUUAAUAACGCUAACCUCUGUUUAUACUAUAAUUUCUAUAUUUUCUUUUUUAUGUAUGUUUGCAGUAGACAUUCCUUGUGUAUUGUUUGUAUUUAUUUAUAAUUACCCAUGGAGGAAAUGACGGGGGGGGGGAACUAAUGACAUUGAACUCUUCCUUGUGGGAGGCAUUCAGGUUUAUACAAGAGUAUGAUUGAUUGUAUAACUGGAGUUUGAGAGUGACUGAGUAAAAAAAUUUAAAUAAUAUAAAGAUGAAAAAAUGACUGUCAACAGACUUGCCGCUGUAAUUGGUGAACGGGCACAGAGACAUGUUUUUAGAGUUAAUCCAACCUUUUAGAAUGUUUUUUUAUUCUAGAAAAUGUUAUGUGGCACUGUUUAAAUGUGGACUCUGAAAUGACAGAUGCAGAAAGUUAACAGCGCAACAGAGUUGAAGCGCUCCACUCAACUUGCUAGCUGUUUUGGUCCUGCCAUGCUGUAACAGCAACAGCGUGACACAAACCUGGGCACAUUCAAAUACUGUUUGACUGUAUGUAAGCAAAGUCCAUCUCGCACAUCUCAGUAUCUGCGAUGCUGGCAAUGCAGUUCUGUUGAGUCUACCUUUAAAUAUUCACCAUGGUAACGAGGAGACAACAUGGCUGCCAUAUAAUGUUGACAUUGCGUGUAAAUGCAGCAUUAUUCAGCAGAAACCAUAUUGUCCCAACUCUAAAUAUAUGACUCCAACCGGCAUGUCAAGCACCAUUCUUUGUAGCUCAAAGUCACAGCCCUUAAUGUGCAAGGGGUGAUAUGGACACCAAACAAGUAUAUUAAUUUAGUACAGCAAAUUCUGUGAGCUAGGGUCUUUUUUUGCAAGGGAACAUUUUCACGCACUAGGAAAGCACUAUUUUUGUGAUUUGGCGCCAUUGUAUUGGGAUGGAUCCACAUUUAUGCUUUACGCUUGGCAUGUCGUUUAUUUUACAUGGAGCAAUUCUAUGGCUGCCUUUUCAAUCUGAAUGUGCAGAGUGCCUUUCAUGCUCUGGCCAUCUUUACAUACACCAGCA